UUAUUUUCCAUUUAAUUAAAACGCUCCAGAGAUAGAUACACAAUUUUGCAGAAGAGAGGAUGCAGUGAGUCACAGUCAGAGACACCAUUUCCGUCCAACAACCUCUACCCUAACGCCGUCAUAACGUUUCGUCUUUCCUUCCGCCACCUUCUUAUAUAUAUAGCGCCGUCCCUUUCCGUUUGCUUGUUAAUCCGCAAGACGAUGACCACUGCACAAUUAUUUUCUCUCCAUUUCUAGUUUCCGAGAGGAAGUAGGGUUACGAUUUCUUGCUGGAAAUUGAGGUGGCUUUUUGUGUUUUCUAUUGUGAUUUCCUGGUACACUGUUGGAUUUCUUUUUUCAAAAGAAAUUAUCAUUGUAAUGGGAUCAGCUUGUUGUGUAGCUGCAAGGGAUCCUAAUCGUCCUGGCAGAACUGGAGGUGAAAGUUUGCAUAGAGAUGUUGUGUGUUCACCAUCAUGGAGCUUUCAAUGGGAUAGUCGGGGGCGUGUUGCUGGUGAAAUUGAGAAUCCUUCCUAUGACACAUCUCAUGUGGACAGUAGGAAUGUCAGCAUGGAGUUAAAAGGUUCAUUAAGUUCUGAAAGAGGUAAUUUAUCUGAUGGGGGAAGCAUACUGGAGAAUUCUGUAACUCCCAUUUCUCUGAAGUCCCCUGUUGAUGAGGCAUUGGUUGCAAAUCUGAUGACUCCCUCUUCUGAUCUGUCCAUGUCAAGCAAUUUUUCUACAGUGGUGAAGAAUCCGGCAGAAUCUUCAAUUCCAAAUCUUUCUUUUUCAAUACCUUCAGUUUUCUCGACGCCUACAGCGGAUCCUUUGCCUAAUCAUAAUUAUCCCCAUCUUCCCAACACUACCCCGACAAGAUGGGCACAUCGAUCACCAGCACACCCUCUUUUGAGACAGAUUUCUGAUAGUCGAAUCAUGGGUCUGAAAUCACCCGAUAACUCAAUUUCUGAAGGAAGGCCAUCAUUUGUACUUUCUACUUGCAGUAAUGAAAUGGCAGCUGGCUCCCUAUGCGGAUCAUCUGAUGGCUGGUCAAUGCGCACCUUUUCUGAGCUGGUGGCCUCAUCCCAGAGAGAAAGGUGGUCUUUCGAUAGUGAGUGUUUUGGCUCAGGUCGUCACAAGAUAAGUGGAUGUGGAUCCAGUAGCAGGUUCUCAUAUUCUCCCUCCAUGGAACUACAAUCUUGUGGGGCUUGCUCAAAGCUUUUGACCGAGAGAUCAACAUGGAGCAACCAGAAGUUUAUUACUGGCAGCGACCUCUCAGUUGUUGCUGUACUGGUCUGUGGUCAUGCAUAUCAUGCAGAAUGCUUAGAGGCUAUGACACCAGAGGCAGAUAGGUAUGAUCCAGCUUGUCCAAUUUGUAUGGUUGGAGACAAGCACUUGUCAAAGUUGUCUAGAAGAGGUCUUCGAGCUGAAUCAGAGGUUAAGGCAAAGAACCACAAGAUAUCCAGAAACCGUGUAGUUGAUAGCUACCUUGAUGGCGAUUUUGAUGUUUUUGAUCGCCAAAAAGAUGUGAAAUUGGGAGGAAAAGUUUCAAAAAUGGAGCCUAGCUCCAGUACGAGGAGCUCAUUUGGAAAACCAUUCUUGAGGCGGCACUUUUCACUUGGGUCCAAGUGGAGCCGGUCCCUGUCUGAGAAUGAUUCUGCCAGGAAGAAAGGCUUCUGGGCAAGAUAUCGUAAAGAUUGAGUUCCAUUUGCUAAAUUCCAGUCAGGUUGAUGUGGUUCAUUCAUAUGAAUGAAUUGUAUGAAUAUAAACAUCCCUUGGCAAAUGAUGCUGAGCCAAAGCAAUGACGAGAACAAGAAGGCAGAUGUAUAUUAUGAACUAUGAAGGUGCUUCACUUGUUUUAUGGUAAGAGAGGCAUACUUGCUGCCGCUGCUGUUGCUGAUUUCUGCACUCAUCGUUCGCUGGAAACUUAAAUGUGUUUUUAACUCUUUGUAUAUUUAUAUUUCCAAUGAAUAUAAGAUAACAUAAUUUUGCAAGUUCAGUCAAGUGGGAGGAGUUACCUAUAGAGAACAAGGCGACUCUGAAGAUUAUCAUUUGUCAGACAGGAUCACUGAAUGUUGUAAUUGAUUAAUGUUGGCUCAAAUCUAAUGCUUUCAAGUUAA